AUGCAAGUCUGUUAUAGAAUCAAUAGAGAUAUUUGCACAAUUUAUUUUUCUGAAAUCAAUAUGAAGUUUAUAGUUUGUUUUAUAGUUCAAAAAUCUUUUGUGUAUAAAGGAAAAACUAAUAAAACUUGUGUUAAUUGUCUUAUUAAUAAAGCCAAAAAACAAAAAAAAUUAAAUAAUGAUAAUACUCAACCUACUAUGGAGACAAUUUCAGCACAAUCUCUUUGUGAUUAUAUAGAAAACUUAAUUUCUAAUAUUGAAAAUAAUAAUGAGAUUUCAUUUGAAAUUUGUAUCGAUCUUAAUGAUGAUAUUUUUUCAGAAGUUGAGCCUAAUGACCUUAAAUCAAUUGUAAGAAUAAUAGUAAAUAAAGUUGAAGAGAGUGAUGAUUAUGUCUAG